GGAGGAGAGGAGGAGGAGGAUCGGAGUCAGACCGCAGGAAGAUGCUGCUCUGACACGCGGACUUCUCCGACGUUACCGAGCGAACACCGGCCCACCGGCUCUCCGGGACCUCGUCUGUUCUUCCCGCUCCGUCCGUUUCCUCCGGGCUGGUGUUUGUCGUGAUGCCGCUGGCCGCCCGCUCUGCCCGGCUCCGCGGAGCCCUCCCCGCGGUGCUGUGGAUCAGUGUGCUGUGGAGCAGCGUGUCAGUGGGAGGAUUUCUGGCCUCACCUUCAGCCCCGCCCCCGGUGAUGUCACCAAAUAGCACGAGAGAAAGCAGCACAAAGGAGAAAAGUCCCAGUGUCACGGCAGGAGGUCUGUGGCACUCGGUUCUGGCCCAGAAAGGACGACUGGUGUCCCAGAAAGGGGACAUCCUCCCCUCCGCUCUGCCCCGCUACCUGCUCCCUCUGCUGGGGAGAGGCCUCAGUGUCGGCUCCUUCCUCGGUGGUCGCUCCCCGGAGCAUCCAAGCAGGGGGUUAUCGAGGAGCGUGAAGCCUCUGGCGCUGGACCGAGGCAGCCGUCCAACGCAGCCUCCUCCUCCAACAGUCACACAUUCUCAGCUGCCUCACACACAGACACACACACCUGAGCUGGAGGCUGGGAUAACCACGGUAGACACCAUGUUGGAUGAGGACACAGACCCCGAAACGCCAUCAUCAGCUGCAUCCAGUUGCACGAUGGAUCUCUCAGGGCCGGAGGGAUACAUCGACUCCUCUGACAACCCCCCGGUGCCCGACGGCUCACGCCUGCACUGCACCUACACCGUGACGGUGUACACUGGCUACGGCGUGGAGCUGCAGGUGAAGAGUGUGAACCUGUCAGACGGUGAGCAGCUGUCCAUCAGAGGCGUGGAUGAGCGAGGCGCCCUGCUGGUUCUGGCCAAUCACACACUGCUAGUGGAAGGUCAGGUGAUCCGCAGCCCCACCAACACUCUGUCUGUCUACUACUGCUCGUCCCCAGAGGGAAGCGUGGGAUUCUUCCAGCUGCACUACCAGAUCUUCAAGCUGAGCUGCUCACUGCCAAAGAGACCUCACUUUGGAGAGGUGUCGGUGCUGGACCUUCUACCUGGGGGCGUCGCCCGCUUUCACUGCCACAUGGGGUACCACUUGCAGGGGGCACCGACGCUCACCUGCAUCAACUCCUCCCUGCCGGUGUGGACCGGCAAGGAGCCCAGCUGCAAGGCUCUUUGUGGAGGAACGGUGAAAAACGCCUCCAUAGGGAGGGUGCUGUCCCCUUCUCCCCACCAUGGGCCCAAUGCCACCUUGGAUCGAUCCUGCUCCUGGUCCCUGGAGGCCCCCAAAGACCAGAGGCUGCACCUGCACCUAGAGAGGCUAGUCCUGGGACCGACUGAGAGGCUGGUGUUGUGGAGCGGCCUGGAUGCCAGCUCUGUCGUUCUCUUUGACUCGGGUCGCGGCGGACAGAUUCCCUUCGAAGGAGUGAUCAGUGAAGGUCCAGCGGUGAGGAUCCAGUUCAUCACCGACCAGCCCAACCACAACACGGGAUUCAACAUCCGCUUUGAAGCCUUCGAGCGCGGCCACUGCUAUGAGCCGUACCUCCAGAAUGGAAACUUCACCACCACGGAUCCGUUGUACGGAGUUGGGGCUGUGGUCCAGUUUACUUGUGAUCCGGGUCACUCCCUAGAGCAAGGCCCGCCUGUUAUCGAGUGUAUCAGUGCCAGGGAUCCAUACUGGAAUGAUACUGAGCCCAUCUGCAAAGCUCAGUGUGGAGGCGACCUGAGCGGUCCUGGAGGAGUCAUCCUGUCUCCCAACUGGCCCGAGUGGUACGGUGAGGGAGAGGACUGUAGCUGGAGGAUCCACAUGGAUGAGGACAAACGAGUGCUGCUGGAUGUUCAGCUACUGAACAUCAGCGACAGCGACAUGUUGACCAUCACAGACGGCGAUGAGGUCACCACCCGCAUCCUGGGACGCUACGUUGGAGGCAGCAGCCCCUUCAAGCUCUCCUCCACCAGUCCAGACCUGACCAUCACCUUCCACUCCGACCCGGCGGGCCUUGUCUUCGGCAAGGGGGAAGGUUUCAUCAUCAACUACAUGGAGGUGUCCCGAAACGACUCCUGUCCAGACCUGCCAGAGAUCCAGAACGGCUGGAAGACGACGUCGCAUGCCGCUCUGGUGCGAGGAUCUCGUAUCACCUACCAAUGCGACCCUGGUUACGACUUGGUGGGACGGGAGACCCUCACCUGUCAGCUGGACCUCUCCUGGAGCACCCAGCCACCGUUCUGUGAAAAGAUCAUGUACUGUUCGGAUCCAGGCCACGUGGAAAACUCCACCAGGACUCUGUCUGACCCCAAACUUCUGGUGGGCACAACCAUUCAGUACACCUGCAACCCUGGUUUCACCAUGCAGGGCGGCGCCACCAUCACCUGCUAUGGUCGCGAGCCAGGGACGCCGGUGUGGACGUCUCGACUCCCUCACUGUGUCUCCGAGGAUUCUGUUUCCUGCGAGAACCCCGGGCUACCCGAGAACGGCUACCAGAUCCUGUCCAAGAGGCUGUACCUGCCCGGCGAGUCACUCACCUUUGUUUGUUACCAAGGUUACGAGCUCAUAGGAGAGGUUGUGAUCAAAUGCGUCAUUGGGAGCCCGCCGUUUUGGAGUGGCCCACUUCCGCUCUGCAGAGCCAACCAUGACUGCUUUGGCAACCAUGCUUUGGAAGUUGCAGAGGCGACUGCAGGAUCUCCUCUGGGUGGAGGAAACAUCGCGCUGGCCGUUUUCAUCCUCAUUCUGCUACUGUCUGUGCUGCUGGGAGCAGCGUACGUCUACGUCACACGCUGCAGAUAUCACUCCAACCUGCGGCUGCCCCUGAUCUACCCCCAUCCUUACCGACAGAUCACCGUGGAGACGGAAUUUGACAACCCGCUCUAUGAGACAGGAGGACAGGACACUCGAGAGUAUGAAGUCUCGAUAUGAGACAUCUCUGAAAACAUUUUGAACCGACCGCCUAGCGCUGACCCUUCAUCUUCCCCGCCGGCCCCUCUCCACCCAGGAGGAGGCCUUGUAAAUACUCAAAAUGAUGUCCAGCCCCUUCUGCCAUGGGGUGCUCCGACUGAUCUUGUUCUCUCCUCCUUUGAUGCUCAGAAAAAGGAGAGGAAACAUGGAGCCAAGACUGCACGGACGUUGGGUGUUCAGUGAUGGAGCAGAGGGGGGUGAUGGGAGAUGAAGGGUAGACGAAAAAGACCCAAAGAUCAUGUGGGAACGAGGUGUUAAAGGGGUCUUGAGGAGGUCGAGGAGGGAGGACGGGAAGGAGACGGGGACAGGACACAACAAGUCAAAAUCCUUAAAGUGUAACGGAUAAAAACAUCACAGCAGAGUAUCUAAGAGGCUUGAAGUCCAGCAUCACACAUAUUUUAACAAAGGAUAAGCUCCACGAGGUAUCCUAAAAAGCUCAAAAUGCUGUCGACGCCCACACCUUUCUGAAGAGCUGCUUUGGAUCAGGAGUCGGUUUGAUCCGAGCUGACUCCGCCCAUUCCCAAUUGAAAGCAAGCAGGCCUGGAGGCCCACUAAGACACACCUACUUUAUGUCAAUUAGCACAAGUUAGCUAUUUUACCUUGGCUAAAAUGCUAACAAUGCUAACAAACACAAAUACAAGAAUACUGUAUGAAUCACUGAAAUGAUAUUGAUUAAUUGAUCUAUGUCACCGAAUUUUCAUUCUGAUCAAAUUUGUCCAGAACAUUUUUGCUUUGGACGUCGUCGAUACCUCAGAUACUGUACUUAGCGCUGAACGAGGUCCGAUGCCAGGCCACUGAGCAGCCCACUUCCAACAUGGUGUCAUGCAUCACGAGGAAAAAGAGGCUUCAGAAGCAGUCUUCAGAGACCCAUGGUUGAGGUGUCCAGUUGUCUUUCUGCAGUCUGCGAUGGAUGUUGACUCCUUUUGGAGCCCCAGCGGUUGUUCUUAGGAACUGUCCUCACGUCCGCGGUGCUGACAGCUCUGGAAGCAGGAUGCCGUCUCCUGUCUUGACCCUGAGAAUGGAGGUCACAAGGUUGACCUGCCCUGGAGCUCCGACUCCUUCACAGUCUACAGCCACAUCUAUAUGUCUCUUCCGCCGAAAACAGAGCAAACGUCUACGUGGCACAGAUGAGCAUUCAAAGAUGAGCAUUCAGAGAUGAACGUUCAGGGCGGGGUUUCUCAGCUGUCCGGGAACUUGCACUGUGCCUUUCUUUCUUCAUUUCCUGCCCAGUCUUGUGUCCUUGAAGUCCCUCCUGCCUGCUGUCACCCUCAGACCCUUUGGUCCAGUCGGUCCCCUUCAGGCUCUAGCUGUAGUUGAGUGGUGUUUAACCCCACGGCUGUAGGCCAGUUAAGUGCUGUUGUCUCGUUUCUUUUCUGUAGUUAGAGUGACGGGCCGUUGGAGAGCGGCCUUGGAGUCCUGCGACCGGAACCCGCUGGUGAUCGAAGCGCAGCGUGAAGACAUGUACAGUUCCAGAUGUGAAUACGGUAGCUGUAGUUAACUGAUCCACCCGCCAGAUGAGUUUAUUUAUUUUGAUGUACUGUACAUGUGAUGUUUGAUGCAGAUUGAUAAAUGUACAUUUUCAUUAUGAGACGAAUGUUAACAGUUUCCCUAAAUAAAGAGUAAAACCUGAACAAAAAGUACAAAAGAAUAUUUGUAAACCAUGAUGCAUUCU